AUAAAAUUUGGAGUUGAAUUUUUGGUCUACUGAAAGAAAACAAAGACGUCUCUUGGCAAAAAAAAAUUUCCAGUAUGGUUUCCAAAAAGGAUUUAAUUAGAGCUGCAAUCAUUAUUCUGGGUUUCUUUGCUAUUUUACUCCUACUUUCUUUAGAUGUCAAGAUAAUGCAGUUUUCGGUUGAGAAACUUAUCCUAAGAUUAAAGAUUCUUGGACUCGUAACAAUGACUUUUUGCUUUGCUGGGAUUAGUAUGCUAGCCUUGUAUAUCGCAUGGACCAUUGAAAUCCAUAGGCAAAUGCAAAAUAUUGUUUUAUUUUUAGAUAACCAAAUGGAAUUAAUUGUGCGUUUGCGUGCUAUGCUAGAGGAAAGGAACCCUUAGAUAAUGAUGAAUUAAAUUAAUUUAGUAGAUGUAUAUUUCUGAAUUGUUCGGGACAAUUGCUGC